AUGGCGUGGUACUGCUCCGGAUCCACCAAUACCGAGCUGGUCGAGAACCUGUUCAAAGGCGGCUUAAUCAAAGAUGAUCGCGUGAAGGAAGCCAUGCUAGGAGUCGAUAGAGCUCACUACGCACCCUCACGACCAUACUCAGACUCACCACAACCCAUUGGCCACGGCGCUACAAUCUCAGCACCACACAUGCACGGCCACGCAUUGACCGGGCCCGACACCUCGGAUAAAGGACAAGUGAUAGGCAUCGACCACAUUCACGAAUUAGUCGAACUAGCAAAAGACAACAUGGACAAAUCCCCCGAGGGCCGCUCGCUGCAGGAAUCCGGUAAAGUGAAAUUCGUCAAAGGCGACGGCCGUCUGGGAUGGAAAGAAGAAGCGCCGUACGAUGCCAUUCAUGUCGGUGCUGCUGCCGAGGCUCUUCAUCCGGUUUUGAUUGAGCAGCUUGCUGCUCCCGGAAGGAUGUUUAUUCCGGUUGAGUCAGACCCAAAUGAUGAUGAAGGGAGUUUAUUGGGUGGUAUUGGGGGUCAGUAUAUUUGGGUUGUGGAUAAGAGGAAAGAUGGGUCGAUUUUUAAGGAUAAGGUUUUUCAGGUUAGAUAUGUGCCUUUGACGGAUGCGCCUGGAUCAUGA